AUGUGAGUUUGGCGCGCGGUCAGUGUUUGUUUGCCGGUUCUAACCCGUAAACAUGUUUUUGUAUGAUAUUAAUAGACCUCUGACCCAGAGCAGCUUGUAAAGCAGGUUACCAAACAAAUUCUGAUGGCCAUUUCCUGAUUAACUUAAUAGCUACCCACGUGCCCCGAGUGGCUUCAAUUACGGCUAGGAUAUUUUUCAGAGCUGACUUGGCUGCCAACUGAUAUCUACCUCUACUUAGAAGAUGAGAAUUCUUUGCUUUCUUUCGCUGAGCUUGGUAUUCAACAUCGUGGUUUCCGAGGAAAGAUGUUUUGGGAACACCUGUGAAGAAUGCAUGAAAAAUAGCGAGUAUGGAGGCUGUGUUUGGUGUGGCGUUGCGAACUAUACUGCUUCUCGCUGUUUUAGCAACACGAAUUUCAACUUGCGAAGUGAAUGUCGCGGAGGUUUCGUUCACUGGCCCACAAAGCUCACCUACGUCAAAAGCAGACAAUUCGCCUUCAUAGGAAACGACAUCAUCAAAUUCGUUGGACGGAAAGGUGGCAUAGCUGAUCACAUGGUUGUCAUAAAUGUGCCCAAUGCACUCCCUCGGAAGAAGGUCACAGUCGUUUUCAUUCUUCCAAGACCUGGAAAAGAUGCCCCCGUUGAGUUUUCUUUUGACAUAACGUGCAGGAACAGAGUUGUCUCCAAGAAAAACCCAUACAAAGUGAAGUGCAAAAGAUUAACACGAGACAGUAAGUUUUACAUCAAUAUAAAGUUGAAAUAUUUGAAGGACAUGUCACCGAGAGACAAAAGGAAGUAUAAGCUUAAAUUAAAGAUGGGCAAACAAAGACACGUCCUUAAAAUCUUCACCUCGGGAAUUGAACCUUGUCAGUGCAGCACAAAGAAAACGAGGGCUACCACCUGCAGAUGGAAAAAUAGCAAAGGCAAUGAAGGCAACAACAAGUGUGUGUGUACGGAGUCAGAUGUCCAGCCAACAGUCACAGUUCCCACUGUAGAGGAACCAGUUGGAAGACCAAUGGGGGGUGGAAUUCCCAGUGGAGCAGUAGGCGGUGGGAUGGGUGGAGGACGAUUCACUAUACCGGAAGAAUCACUGAAUCAACUUCCGAUGGGAUCUUCUGCAUCUGAUAUUGAAUGCGAAGAAUGUAAAAACCGAUGUUCUGAUUACGGUAAAUGUGUGGAUUGCUUUGUCUUUUCUGGAUCACCAAUGCCAAAUGCUAGGUGCCGUCGAUAUUGUGGAGGAAGACGGUUUGCUCCAACCUUCAGAAGAGUACGAGGAUUUCCUGAUGAUGUUAACAAAUGUACAUAUACUGACGAGAGCAAUUGUAUCAUGAAGUUCCAGAUCAUGCACGAGAGAUCAUUUGAAGUGUCCAUGAGAAAAGAUUGUCCAAUAGAGAGGUGUCAAAACACAACUUGUCCAGCGGACUCAGACGGGAAUGUCUGCAGCAACAAUGGAGUGUGCAAAUGCGGACGUUGUGAAUGCAAGCCUAUGUACAGCGGGGAUUCAUGCGAGCGAUGUCAGAAUUGCGGUGGAAGAUGUAACGAGUUGAGAGACUGUGUAGCAUGCACUUCCUUCAGCGACUUCAGUGCCUUCAAAGACGAGGAAGAAUGUGGAAAAAAUUGUGCUAAAUUUAAUAUCCGGCCCUUUGGCCCUUUCGUUCCUCCGCAAUCUGCCAACUCCAGAAUGUGUCAGGUAUACAACAAAAACAACUGCUUCUCUACCUAUGCUUACACUGAAUUGGACAAUGGAGUUACGGAAGUGCAGGUUCUUCCACAGCAAGUUUGCCCUGAUGAUUUCGGGAAAAAGUAACAGAUAUUGUGAUGGACUUAAGAUUGCCAAUGUAGUUUUCGAUGGAAUAACAUUACAUGAUGGCGAUCUCAUGAAUGUGUAUUUUCAUGACUUAUUUUGAUUGUAUGAAGCAUGUCUACCAGUGUUUACCAAAAUUGAUAUCGACUACUUAUUUCAAAUGUAACAAUUCUGUAUCUAAUGAUUAAUAAAAUAUUCAAUAGUUA